GGCCGAAAUUGUGGCGCCAUUUUCAUUUUACCACAUUUGCAAUUGAGACUUGAUUGACAACAGUAUUGAUCAUGCGCACGCGCAUCUGGGAGGACGCUGCCGCCAUGAGCGUUGUGAGCGUACUGGGCUUCAUUAUGAACGAGGAUGGCGAGGUCGUGGGCUCGGAGCGCACACAGGUGCUGUGCAAGCUCAUGCCGUCCAUCCACACGCUGUCGCACCGCGCAAUCCUGGCGCUGCUUAUCACGCAGCUCAGCGACGCGGACGCUCAAGUAUUCUACGCGGAAGGUGGGCUGAAGGUGCUGAAUGCGUGGCUGGUAGACGGUACCACCCGACGCGAAGGUGGGCUUUCCAAAGAGAAGAAGCGCACCGAGAUGUAUUCCCAAGUGCGCGCAUUGCUGCGGAUUCUAGAUGUGAAUGUGCAAACGGACGCACAACGGAAGCAGAACUCAUACCUUACAGGCACGUUCGCAAAGGUUAUUGAGCUACUGGACAAUGCGGGACCAGAGUACGCGGCCGAGUGGAGUCGAUUGAACAUUUACCGUCGUCACUUUGAAAGCACUUGCGGUGUGCCCUCAACCGUCAAAGAUGGACGCAGUGACUCCCGACGAUCUUCCAAUAGCCACGCGAAUGGCAAUGGCUCUCGCAACGGCAAGACAGCCAGUGAUAAUUCAACGCAGCACUCUUUCCUGUCUUCGACGUCUUCUACUACCACGUCGACGUCUAGUGCUUCAGCACCUCGAAAACCUUCCACUUCGGGAUCAUCGACUGGGCUUUCUUCCACAACAUCUUCCAGCACUAGCACAACUAGUAGCAGCCGGAUUGCACCUUCCUCAGUGCUGCAAUACCAACCCAAGUCAUUCCUGCAGAAAGAUAAUGGCUCCAACAAGCAAGAUCAAGAUGAUUUCGAGGAAUACGUGGAAGAUGACGAUGAAGAGAUGCUGCUGGCCGACGAAGGCGUGAUCACUAAUGUGAACCAAGCAGCGUUGAGUGCUUCUCUGGAACAAAAAAUCCGAGGAAAUGGACACGACAUGCAGUACGGAGAGCGCUCGCCAUGUCGGAAGUGCAAGCGCAUGGUCUCGAAGCGUUGUACUCACUGUGAGUACUGUGCCAAGUGCGGACAGAAGGACAAGUGCGAGCCGAUUAGUGUUACGCCAGCAGCACAGUCUUUCAGUGGUGAUGGCAACGGUACGAAGACGGCAGGAACGAGCAUGGGCGCUAAGUCGCUGUCCGUGAAGGACCGCAAUGUGCAAGUGCUCGGCUCGGUGAUGGAUGCGGCUAUCUACCAUGCCUUCCGCCAGGAGGAUUUCCACUCAGUGUUUAGUCUGAUCCAGAACGGCAUGGACGUGAAUUUCCAGCGAGUUGAGUCUGAUCACUCGUCGGCGUUGAUGGCGGCUGCACACCACGGCCGCGACGACGCUGCCUCCAAGCUGCUGAGCCUUGGAGCGAACCCGUGUCUUGAAGACCAUACAGGCAACAAGGCGUGGAACUUUGCUGAGCGACGAGGACACACAGAGCUGAUGGAAAAACUGAAAAAAUGCUGCGAGGAAUGGGAAGCGAAACACAAGGAUGGAGAUGUUGAAAUGCAGUCCUAAAAGAUGUGCAUUAUUCAAGAAAAGUCUCGCGAUAAAUCAACUAGUAAGGACGAAACAAAGCGAGAGAUUUUUUGUUGUACUCAUGCUCAGUCAGAUCAUCUUUCUUUAUGUUUUAUUUGAGCUGGGCGUACCUUGCUUUCUUGACUUCUGUGAGGUCAGAACUUCCAGUCGGGGUUCACGUCCAUAGCCC